UGUGUAUGAGUGCGUGUGUGUAUGUGUGUGAGAGUGUGUGUGAGUGUGUGUGUCUAUGAGUGUGUAUGUACAGUCAGUCCGGUUUGUCCUGCUGUGGAAGAGAAAAGAAAAAGCGGAAGAAAAAAAAAACAUCCAGAGAAAGAUAUGCAUGAUUUUGCAAAGCUUUCAUGAUGGAGAGCUGGAGCGUGCACGCGCCACAUGCGUGUGUCCGCGCGCGCGUGCGGUAGGAGGAGAGAAAAACGCGGGGAAAGAAAAGAGAGAAGGAAGGAGGGAUUCGGCAUCGCAGCGCGAGCCUAGUAUUUAAUCCUUUGAGUGCUGUGUAUUGUGUGUUCAUCACCAAAUGGAAGAAAUGGAGUGAUGAAAACCAGAACUCACAAAGAGCCGAUGCCCGUACGUAGUGGCCGAAGGCGGGGUGGCAGUGAGGAGAGGAGGGGGAGACGUCCACAUCCUAGCCCAUCUCGAGCUGAACGAAAUGAUCGACAAACGAGAGCUGCAGGAGAAGAGCUUGGUUGUUUUAACAGACGACCACAAGGUCAGGAUUCAUCCGAAAGCGAUGGAGAGCAAACUAUUCCUCCCCCGAAAAGACAAAAGGUCCAGGACUCUUUGUCCAGUGCCCCAACAUCAACCCAUUCAACUGGCACAACAACUUUAGCACCACAUCCAACUUCAUGCAACACCCAGUCACGAGAAAGUGACAAUGAAGAUGGUCAGUCACAAGGCAGCCGCAGCUCAGCUGGAGGAAGCUUAGCCAAUAGCAGCAGUAGUAUUAGCAGUGGGCGGGAUAUCGAUCAGGACAAUCGGUCCUCUUCACCGAGCCUCUCUGGCUCCCCAUUGGCCAGUUUGGACUCUGAAUCAGACUCACCGGAUUCACCAAAACAAAGUGGGAAAGUGAAAGAAGGAGUGUCACCUAAACUGGGAGGAGCAGGAAGGGGGAAUGACAGUGGUAGCGGAGAAUGUCGGGACACUGAGGGGGGUAAGGAAGCAGAAAUAUCAGUAUUGAAAUCACCAUCAACUCUUUGUCCUUUGAGUGAGACCAGCAGUGCAAGAAAGACCUACUUUCCAGUUGACCCUAAAGUGGUGCCCAAGAUGGAAUUCUCCAGUGUUGUUGGGGAUGAGGCAUUACAUGGCUGCAGCCGCAGUAAUAUCAACCCCAAAACGGCCUCUCAGUGUGGAGGAAAGAUGGUGGUUGGUGCAACAGAGUUUCCCAACGUUAGCCAUGCUUCCUCCUCUGCUCUUCCACCACCACCUGCUUUGAAACCUCUCGAGGCAGGCCAAAGCACUCCUGUUGAUGUUAAAAUGGAGAAAGUUGAGAAAUGUGAUAAGGCUCCACCCUCUCUGCUACCACAGGGCACCUCCAUACCCCAACAGCCCUCUGUGCCUCGCCACACUCAUCACUACAGCCCAACUACAUUGUCGGGCAGUGCUGUUUCCAGUUGCCCUGGAAACUGGGGAUAUACGCGUUACUCAGGUGUCCACCAUACACCUGUGCAACAGCAACAAUUGCCCUCUGUCUACAACCCCCCAUCCUCCACCCGUCAUUCAUCUCAUCCUCCUUACCUGCCCCCACCCCACCCAUCCCACCCACACAGGGAGUACUUGCCCAGGUACAGCAGUCCAGUGGAGCGGGACAGGACUGCAAAGGACAUUGCAAUUAAAGAUGGCACUGCUGGUUCUGGUGCACACAACAGUGCCAAUAUGGGAAGUGACUUUUUAACUCCUGCUGCAGGACAGAACCGUGAAUUUGGAGCACCGGGCCGAGAUGGGCCAACAGGGGGUCGGGAAUUCCGACCAGGAUUUCGGGAAAGGGAUGCACUGAGAGACUUCUCUUUGCAGAAUCAGAACCAGCAACAUGUAGCACAGAGUCGGGACUUUGCACCUAGUGGAGCAAGUGGGUCAGGAGGUGCAGGUGGAUGUCACCCAAGAGAUAAGGAGGGAAGAUGGGGAGAGUUUGCAAGCCAGAUUAGAGAAGUAGUUGGCAACAGCAAUCCAAAUAAUUUAAACCAAGUAAAUGUUAGCACUUCAAGUUCGAGUUUACCAUCUACUUCUCCACAAAACAGUUCUGCCACCCCAAACAAAGAGUUUCAGUCAACAGUGGAGCAGGUGGGGCAAGGACAUCAAGUUCCUGCUACUGGGUCAGAUCCUCCCCCCACUGCACACUUCCUAAGGGAAUACCCUCAACCAGAGACCAAGGAGUACCCUCCAGCAGGGUCUCAACCUUCAUCUGCCCCUCAUCCUGGUUCUUCCAGAGAAUACCCAAGUCCCACCAGACUUGCUUCAAAUAUGGGCCGGGAUUUUGCUGGAGGGCCUUCUGUUCCCCACCCACACUAUCUGGUCCAGCCAGGCCUGACUGUCCAAUCUAGGGAGAGAGAAAGAGAGAGGGAGAGGGAAAGAGAAAGGGAGAACAGUGCUCCAUCUUCCAUUUAUCAUAAUCGUAAUCACCCACCGUCUCUUUCUCCUUCCUCAUCUUCUUCGACACAUGGGCACCAGCCUCCUGCCUCUUAUCCCCCAACUUCCCACAGCCAGCCGCCUCUUCCACCAUCCACACUUCCGCCUAGUCAGACUCGUCCUGGGCAGUACCCCUCCAAUCAGAGUCCACCCACUACUCUCUCUCCACUUCCUAGUCCAUCGACAAAUCAAAUGGGAGGAUUUCCCCCAUUUUCAUCAACUUCUGCACCGUCGGCAACAGGUGCGGUCACUUCCUGUUUGUCUGGGUGUCGACCGGCUCCUUAUCAUGGCACUUUAAACAGUCACACUCCUUUUGCUGGUGCUUACCAUGGGAAUAGUAACCACAGCAGCACUUCAGCUCCCAGCAAUCCAAAUAGCAACAAUAAUGUUAACAGUCACAUGCAGUUGCACUCACCUACACCCUCCAAAAUCCAGCCACAUCUCUGCAACCCUGUUGGUCCACCAAGUAACACCUCUACUGGUGCUGAUGGCCAAUCUGAGCAGUCAUCUUGUUCUUUGCCGCCACCUGUCAUAAAGGAGGAGCCAAUAGAAGAGAGGGAGGAAACUGAGAGUCCACCUUCUGUGCUUAGAAGCCCCUCACCUGAGCCAAAGGCCAUCGAUAUUCCAAUUCACGCUAGCCAAUCUGCUCGGUUCCACAGGGUUCUAGAUCGUGGCAGUGGGAAUUCAUGUGUUCGCACUGAUGUCAUCUUCAUCCCUCUGGACGGAUCUAAACUCUGGAAAAAGAGAAACGAAGCAAUCGAACGAGCCAGGCGAGAGGUGGAACAGAGAGCUCGGGACUUGAGAGAAAAGGAAAGAGAGCGAGAGAGGGAGAGAGAGAGGGAGAGAGAAAGAGAGAGAGACCUGGAGAGGCAUUUACAGCAGAAGGACAGUAAUCCUGGAGCAGUUCCCCGUCAGGGCACUUCUCUCUACUUCUCUCCUUCCUCCUCUAUUCUCAUGGACCCUUCUUCCUCAUCCUCUUCUCCCUGCAUAAACCCCAACCACCACCCUGCCCACCACCCUGCACACCAUCCUGCCCACCACCCUGCCCACUCAAUCCAUCCAUCUCAUGCCCACUCUCUCCACCCUUCCCUCUCUCAUUCAAUCCCUCACUCCCUUCUUCUACCUUCUGUUGGAGGUCUCGGUCCAUAUCUUGGACCAGAUACACCAGCAUUGAGGACGCUGAGCGAAUAUGCCCGUCCCCAUGCAAUGUCACCACUUGGCUCAGCCAAUCGUGCACCACCCCAUUUUCAUCCCCACCCCCACCCACAUUCACACCCUCACGUCCACCCCUCAAUCUUCCUGUCCCAAUUCCAAAACCCUGCCCUUGCUCAUCCACACCACCUUCCCGCUGAUGCGGCCACCACUGCAGCUAUCCUUGGAUUUCUUUAUGGAACUGGCUUGGAAGGAGGCCAUGGCCACCCUGGGGUGGGGCCGGUGGCAGGGCCCGGUCCAGGAGGAAUGGCAGGACUAGGAGCCGGACUUGGAGGGAUGGGGUUUCCCCACUCUGUGACGGCUCACAGGGAGCGAGUGAAGACAGGGUUUGACUUUAAAAGCGAAUUUGACUCACAUACGCACUCUCAUUCACACUCCUUACUGCUAGGAGGAGGUGCUGGUGGUGGAGCUCCAACCAGUGAGGUUGCUCUUUAUGGAACUCCACCACCACCAGCUCCGCCCCCUCAAUCCCUUGCUACAGUUGCAAGAAAUCCAAGCGCUGUAUCUCAAACGUUGUCAACCCCACCAACUUCUUCUUUGUUACCACCUUCCUUGCCUAGUCAUGCCCCUCCCACUGUAAACCCUAUAGGUCCUGCCCCUCCCCCUCCUCCCCCUGCACCUCCCCCACCUCCUCCUGCACCCAUAGCUUCUUCUGUUCAUCAUCCCUCCUCUCACUCCUCCCAUCCUACCCAGCCGUCAGCCCCUGAAGGUUACUCUGCUCCGAGUCGGACGCCACCUAGCACAGAGAGAGCAAGAAGCGUGGAGAGAGAGAGGGAGAAGGAGAGAGAGAGAGUACUGCCAGGUGGAGACAGGGAAAGAGGAGCCCCAGCAACCCCAGCUGGGGGUGGAACCUCAGGAGGAGGUGGGGCUUCAGGAGGAGGUGGAGCAGGAGAGUCUAUGGGGCGACUGCAAAUGCUAAAUGUGACUCCACAUCAUCACCAGCACUCACACAUUCACUCUCACCUGCAUCUACACCAGCAAGAUACAGCACCUAGCAGCGUGCACCCGCUCAUUGAUCCGUUAGCGACGGGAGCUCCGUUACCACGGCUACCGUAUCCAGGAUCCAUCAUCACACACCCGCUCACAGAGAGCGACGUACUGCGACAGCAACUCUUCGGCGCUCCGUUCCGUGAUUUACCCCCCCACUCCUCCAUGCAUCAUCAGAACACAGAGCUACAGAUCCAGAGACUUGCACUGGAGCAGCAGUGGAUCCAUCACCACCAUCACUCUCUCACACAGGAAGAGUAUUACAGCCACCUGAAGAAGGAAAGCGACAAAACGCUGUGAGCGUGGAACCGAGCGACGGAAAAACACGGGAAAGUGCAAAUAAACAAAUGAAGGAAGUGACAGGAGUGAUCACAAUCUCUUGACACAUAACACAACAACGGUCUGACAGUCUGAGUGCACACUUCUGACACACUGUUUAUCAAACAUUAAGGUUAGUCAUAUUACUUCGACACGGCAGUACAAUGCGUUCUGAUGGCUGAGAAUGACCGCUCACCAUAAUGUGUAUACCACAGCUAUGUAAAAUACUUGUUUCUGAUUGGCUCAAAGGUGACCAUCAUAUUAUAUAAGCAUCAUAUAAAAUGGAGCAACAAUUUGGCUGUGUACAGAAAUAUUUAGAACUUUUGACCAAGAGUCCAAGAGAAACGUCGGCAUUUGUGUAGUGAAUGUUCUUCGUAUUUAGACUUAAGUGCGUGGGUCACACUUUGAUUGUAAAAUAAAAAAAGACCAAUAGAGCAAUGUACAAAUGAUCACUAAUAUUAGCUUACUAUACUGUGUAUCUAGUAGCUAUUAAUAAUAAUUCUUUCAUUUUCUCUUUAAGUUAAUACAACGAUAAAACACCAACAAUGAAGAAGCCACAAAGAACGAAAUUCUCUGUCCUGAAAACCAUUGGUUUGUUAAUUAAGAGCACACUUUUAAUCCAUUUCAAAUGUGACCAAGUAGAACGUCAUCCACACGAAACACUAUGAACUGGUUGUUGCCAUAGAAACACUGACCAAUCUGACCAAUCAGAGAGGAGAAUUCGCCAGCGGUUUAAGUUUAUGAAUUAAAUAAUUCCCCUUAAAUGGCACUCUGUACUGUAGAUUUUUUUUACAUGAAUUUCAGGUUGAAAUAUUAGCAUUUCUCUGGACUAAUCACUUGUCAUAUUAAACAAAAUGCACUUGAAAAGAAAGAAAGAAAAAAAAAAAGAAAACAUGUUUGCUAGAAAAGCACUCAUAAAAAGUUUAAUCAUCUGCUAAAUCUAAAGAGUUGUUCGGUUUUGUUUACACAACACAGCUAGUUAAGUGCGGAACUUUAGUUAGCGUGGCUGUUUGUUUGAAGAAGUCUGUGGAUUGUUGAAACAUCAGAACACGUUUUUCAUUUGUGGCUAGAAGAAAUUUUCCCUCAAAUGAUGAGAUUUUUAAUAUCCAAUAUUGAAUGCAUUGUACGGUGUCAAGUAAAAUGAAAUCAGUUCACUGACGCCAACCUACACCUUCAAAAAUGGGUGCGUAUCAGAAAGGGAAACUUUUUGAUCUAUCAAAGACGUUAAUAAGGACAAACGCUGGAUUACUGAUGUAAUAAACAGUCAUUGUAGUGCACUCAGAUGUUGAGAUCCAGCGACUAAAUCAGACUUUCUCUUUUUUUGUCUUUGCAUGUAGCUAUAAACAAACAAACAAACAAACAAAUGAAAAAGCCCUAACAUUUUAAUUUUUGGGCUAAUACUUAAAAAAAAAAAAAAGUACUUUUUUUUUCUAGUGACUCGCUCCGAGGAAGCGAGCGUGUACUCGAGUGUGCAUGUGUAUCUACACUCCGCUCUCAUACACUCUUUCUUUGUAGUAUUGUUCUUAAUUAUUAUGAUUAAUAUCAAUGUUGUCAGUGUUUGUUAAUAAUUAUGUAAUUAUAUAAACAUUAUUUUGUGUUUUGACAUAUUUUUUUACAUUUUCAUGGUACCGUUUAGUUUUUAUUUUUAUUUAGAAUUUUACUUGUGGGGUGGGGAGGUAAAAAAAAAUUGCAAGAUUCCAAUCAAAAGGAAAAAAGUCUGGAAA